AUGGGUUCCAUCUCGCCCUCCCCGAAACGCAGCAUCGCCGCUGAGGAUAUCUCAGCCUUGAAAUCACUUCUCUCCAGCACCAAUCCCACCAUUCUCACCCCUCAGGAUGAGAGUUACCCCGCCUCCAUAAAGCGAUGGUCACGGGCCGCCGAAAAGCCGGCUGGUUUGGUCGUGAUUCCUACCACUGCCGAGGAGGUCGCUAUCGCCGUGAAAUAUGCCUCGGAGCACGGCAUUGAUCUUGCCGUCAAGGGAGGUGGUCACUCGACGGCUGGCGUGAGCAGCACGAGUGGAGGACUCAUGAUUGAUCUGAAUGCCAAGAUGCGCAAAGUCGAUGUGGAUGUGGAGAAGAAGUUGUUCAUUGUUCAAGGUGGAUGUAAUUGGGGAGACGUGGACCAAGCGGGCGCAAAGCAUGGGCUUGCAACGGUAGGUGGAACCGUCACCGAUACCGGCGUCGGGGGAUUGACACUUGGAGGCGGUUAUGGAUGGCUCAGCGGGCAGAGAGGUCUGACCAUUGAUAACCUGGUGGAAUGCACGAUCGUCCUUGCAUCUGGGGAGAUCACCAAGGCCAGUGAAGAACAAAGUCCGGAUCUCUUCUGGGCUCUCCAGGGAGCCGGACAGAAUUUCGGAGUCGUCACGGAAUUCGUCUUCAAAGCUUACGAUCAGGGAGAUGUCUGGGCGGGAAUGCUCAUCUUUCCCCCCGUUCCCGAAGUCAUGGACAAACUCGUCGCCGCUACGAAUGAAUUGUACGGGCCUGACGAGAAUGGCAAGACCAAGGUGGCGGGACGAGGCGCUGGCGGUAUUGGCGUUGCGCGACCACCUCCUGCCAACGGUCAGGUCAUGAUCCUGAUCACCGUGAUAUAUUUCGGCACUGAGGAGGAAGGCAAGAAGAUGUACAAGCCCUUCCACGACAUUGGCCCCGUCGUCGACACCACGGCCAUGGUCCCCUACCCCGUUAUCAACACCCUUCUGGCGCCACCCAUUGGUCUCCGCGCCAGUAUGAAAGGAGCUGCAUUCACGAUGCCAAUCAGGCCCGGUUUCCUCCAUGAAGUUCUGGCCAAUUAUGUCAAGUUUACCGACGGAAACGACGAUACCGGCAUCAGCCUCGUUUUAUGGGAAAUGUACGACCCAGUCCAAGUGGUGGCACACUCAGCCGGCAGUUUCGCCAACAGAGGCUGGCAUCUCAAUGCCAUGAUCUGCCCCAUCUGGACAAAGGAGGAGAAUGACAAGUCUUGCCGCCAAUGGGCGCGGGAUCUCAAUGAAAUGUUCAAGAAAGAAAUGGCCACCAAAGAUCGGACCAUGGGAGGCCAAAAGGCAGCAUCGCUGUUCUAUGGCAACUAUGAUCACUACGACGAGAGAUCCCGCGACAUCUUCGGCGAGAACUAUCCUCGCCUCCAGACGCUCAAAGCACAGUACGAUCCCACAAACGUGUUCAACAAGUUAUUUGCCAUUUCGCCCCAAGCAUGA